AUGCUCUCGCUCACCCUCGCGGCUUUGGUCGUGGCCGUCUCUGCUCUAAACGGCAUCGUGGUCCCUGCUUCAAUCGAAGCUGGCACGGGAUUCGAGGCGUCCUUCCAAGAUGCCAACGAUGACCAGUACCGAAUCUACGUGGCCGCAGCCUUGUCUGGAGUCAACGGACCUACCUGCUACCUUGUCAACUCCACUUCGCUAGACGCAUCAGUCAACCUGACUAUUCCCGCGGACAUCGGUCCAUCAGCUUCCUACUACUCCAUCGCCAUCGCAGACCUCACCACUGGCCAGGCUUCCACUUUCAGCAAUCGUUUCAACUUCACCAACGCCACCGGAGAAUAUUCAGACUACGAAAACCAACUCGGAGGGUCUCCAUUCUGGGAUGCGAACUCUCUCCCAUGCAGCGCAUACAGCUGUGCUCGCGAAUGUGCCGACGCAUCGUACCCGGAAGACCUGACGGAGACCAAAGCCUUCGAUACCAUGUCCAAGUGCAUCAUGGCUUGCGAUGGUGUGACGGCCUCUGUCAACCAGACCUCUCCAGCACACGCUUCGACAACGAGCUCCACUUCCAGCUCCAGCUCCAGCUCUCAGACCAAGACGGGAUCCGCCGAAGCAGAGACGAGUAGCAGUGCAGCAAGCAGGAACUCUGCUGUGGGAGCUGCACUGGCUGGCUUCGCUGGUGUUGCCAUGCUACUCUGA